AUGAACGUGGAUAGUAAUUCCGGGAAAUCCAUCGCCCACCCGCUGCUCUACGUCAAGCUGCUCGUCCAGGUCGGACAUGAGCCACUACCUCCAACCGUUGGAAGAAAUGUGCUGGGAAGGAAAGUCCUGUACCUGCCCGGCUUCUUCACCUACGCUAGACACAUUGUGGAAGUGGAUGGGAAAAGAGGCCUCUUCCGUGGUCUCACUCCUCGCCUCAUCUCAAGCACUUUAUCAACCAUCACCAGGGGGAGCGUGAAGAAGGCCUUUCCACUGGAAGACAUGGAGCACGUUUCUAACAAGGAUGAUGUGAAGACCUCCCUUAGGAAAGUGGUGAAAGAGACAUCUCACGAGAUGAUGAUGCAGUGCGUGUCCCGGGUUGUCUCACAUCCGCUGCACGUGAUCUCUAUGCGCUGCAUGGUCCAGUUUGUAGGCCGGGAAGUCAAAUACAGCGGUGUGUUCAGCGCCAUCGGCAGGAUAUUUAAGGAAGAAGGGAUCCUGGGAUUCUUUGUCGGUUUAGUCCCUCACAUCCUGGGAGACGUCAUCUUCCUCUGGUGCUGCAACCUCUUGGCUCACUUCAUCAACACCUACGCGGUGGACGAUAACUUCAGCCAGGCAUCGGUGAUCCGGAGCUACACAAAAUUUGUGAUGGGGAUCGCUGUGAGCAUGCUGACGUACCCAUUCCUUCUCGUGGGAGAUCUCAUGGCGGUGAACAACUGUGGGUUGCGCGCCGGCCUCCCUCCCUACGCUCCCGCGUUUACAUCCUGGAUCCAUUGCUGGAGGUAUCUCAGUGCUCAGGGGCAGCUGUUCCGCGGCUCCAGCCUGCUUUUCCGCAGGGCGCCCAUGCCAGCCGCCUGCUUCCCCAGCGACUGA